CCCGGCGCUUGGCUCCCGAGAGUUGUUGCUGCGGAGGGCGCGAUGGGGAAAUCAGAUUUUCUUACCCCUAAGGCCAUCGCCAACAGGAUCAAGUCUAAGGGGCUUCAGAAGCUGCGCUGGUAUUGCCAGAUGUGCCAGAAGCAGUGCCGGGACGAGAAUGGCUUUAAGUGUCAUUGUAUGUCCGAAUCUCAUCAGAGACAACUAUUGCUGGCUUCAGAAAAUCCUCAGCAGUUUAUGGAUUAUUUUUCAGAGGAAUUCCGAAAUGACUUUCUAGAACUUCUCAGGAGACGCUUUGGAACCAAGAGGGUUCACAACAACAUCGUUUACAAUGAGUACAUCAGCCACCGAGAGCACAUCCACAUGAACGCCACUCAGUGGGAGACGCUGACAGAUUUUACUAAGUGGCUGGGCAGAGAAGGCUUGUGCAAAGUGGACGAAACACCAAAAGGCUGGUAUAUUCAGUAUAUAGAUAGGGACCCUGAGACGAUCCGCCGGCAGCUGGAACUAGAGAAGAAGAAGAAGCAGGACCUUGAUGAUGAAGAAAAAACUGCCAAAUUUAUUCAAGAACAAGUGAGAAGAGGUCUGGAGGGGAGAGAGCAGGAAGUCCCUGUUUUUACGGAAUUAAGCAGAGAAAAUGAUGAAGAAAAAGUUACAUUUAAUUUGAAUAAAGGAGCAUGUAGUUCAGGAGGAGCAUCUUCCAAAUCAAGUUCUUUGGGACCAAGUGCUCUGAAGACAAUAGGGAACGCAGCAUCGGUGAAACGGAAGGAAUCUUCCCAGAGCUCAGCUCAGUCAAAAGAAAAGAAGAAGAAGAAAUCUGCACUCGAUGAAAUCAUGGAGAUUGAAGAGGAGAAGAAAAGAGCUGCCCGAACAGAUUACUGGCUCCAGCCUGAAAUUGUAGUGAAAAUUAUAACCAAAAAACUUGGAGAGAAAUAUCAUAAGAAAAAGGGGAUUGUUAAGGAAGUAAUUGACAAUUACACAGCUGUCGUGAAGAUGAUUGAUUCUGGAGACAAGCUGAAACUUGACCAGACUCAUUUAGAAACAGUAAUUCCAGCACCAGGAAAAAGAAUUCUCGUUUUAAAUGGAGGCUACAGAGGAAAUGAAGGUACCCUAGAAUCCAUCAAUGAGAAGACUUUUUCAGCUACUAUAGUCAUUGAAACCGGCCCUUUAAAAGGACGCAGAGUUGAAGGAAUUCAAUACGAAGACAUUUCUAAACUUGCCUGAGUUUGAAAACUUGUUAACAGCACAUUAAAAUCUUAAAGCAUCAAAUUGGUGUUCACGAAGGCAUUACAAGACUCUACUGUGUUAGGGUGUUUCUCUUGUGUGAAACAAAAGGAUUUAUUUAAAUAUUACUGUAUAGUUGUUUAGCUAAACUUAUAGAAAAAUCUAAUUAUAU